UAAAUAUGGCGGCCGGUGGCAUGGCGGUAAAUUCUGAGGCCAGGUUAUGGGGCCCAUUCAAAGAACUGGAGCAGACUGUCCACACAGCCAUACACAGAAAAAUUCCAGAUGCCAUUCACGACCUAGAAAUAGCUCUCAAGAAACAUAAGCCAGAUUUCAUCGCUUUGUUAAAGAACCCACCCAAGAAUGCCAUGUACAGGACAGCAGUCCGAAACUCCACGAAGGAGGGGCUACCAGUCAUGGGGGACCAGACAAAACAGACCUUCUCUCAGCAGUUUAUAGAGGAAGCCCUGAUACUCAGUGACCUGUUUGAUAUGAGUGAAAUCGCAGCCGUAGAACUCCUAAUGGCAGGUGAGAGACAGCAGGCCGAGUUCCCUGGGUUGACCAGAGGCCUGGUGGCGGUACUGCUGUACUAUGACGGACAGAAGAGUCUGGUUAACUCCCUUCGUACCCUUCUCCAGUCAAGGGAGGGGAGAAUGUGGACCAUGGAGUUGACCCCUGACCUCUCCAGCAUGGUGAACCAGUACACAGAUCAGCUGAUUCAGAAAGAUCGGCUCAUCAACACUAUACUAGAUCAAUUAGACAAUAUGGACCUAACAAAAGAAAUGGACAGACUGCAAAGAGACAGGGCCAUUGGUCCACCAAAACACAAGAAACAGAUGUCUGACUUGUACAGAGAGAUCCAGAUCAUCUUAGUUGACUGCCUCUUCUGUCUGGCCACACAACAGCCUCUGGAGAAAGAUGACACCUUGAGGCUGAUCCAGCACCUAAGGGCAGACAACUCUCUGGCUGCUGAUGGCACCCUGGACCCUGUGAGUCUGUGUCUGUUAAUGGCCCUCCUGUACUGUUUUGAUGUCAGUUUACUGGAACAUGAAGAUGGAAGAGAGGUCCUGCAACGUCUUCCAAUGAUGACCGACUCGACCUACAUACCGGACAUACACCAGGAUCUCACGUCGACGCGAGCCUGGGCUAACCCCGGACUGAAGGGCGUGGUGCUGCUGGCCUGGGGGGUGACCCUCAGACAACUCAAUCAGUACCAGACCCCCACAGAUUGGAGAUUUAUACAGGACUGCCCCCUGGGUCUGAGGCUGUCUGUAGAGUACUGUUUAGAGCUGUUGAAACAGGACUUAGCGGGAGAGAACUCUUUGACCUGCUUGUUGUUGGGACUACUGAAGACUAGUGUGUCAAGAACUG